CAAAAAAUGUGUAUGUGUCCACUCAUCUCACUCGUUAAAAGUAUCCAUGCAGAAGUAGCAGAGGAUGUCCAACACCAUAGAAACAGAACGAAUAAAGUGUCUAUCUUCCCACAAGCAUCUUUCUUUUCUCUCGACCUUAGAUUUCUUUUUCUUUUCUUUUUUUCUUUGUUGGGUUUUGAUUGCUUUUCUUUUUUAAACUGAUUCAUGGGUCGAAUCUAUUCAACUGGAAGAGAGGCCUAAAAGCCUAAAGGUGGGAGGGGGCCUAAAACAACAUCCAAAAAGCUUCAAUAUAAUUCAGCAACAAUUGGUGUCCACAUCCCGUGGGUUGAAAUUGUCGGUUUCUGGAUUGUAAUAAUGACAUUUAAAAGUGUACUAGUGUGCCAAAGAAUUUUGCAUAAAGUUCCAUGUCUUCAUCUGGGCUUUUAUCAGUUUGUUUGUCUGAUAAAUCUUCUCCACAUGAAUCCUUUGUUCAUAUUAAAGUCAGAGGCUUUUCUAUUUUUGUCUCUAUAUGAGCAGAGGACAUUUAUUGCUUGUUUUAGGACUGAAGGGAUGAAGAAAUGUUCAAGAAUUUGAAAUUUUGAAUGGGUGAUUGUGAUUUUUUGACCAAUUUUGUGGAUAAAAUCAUAAAAGGGUAGGUUAAUUUGAAGGAUUUUGAUGCUGAUUAUGUAGCCUUAGUUUUGAAGAUACUUAAGAAGUUGGUAAAAAUAAAGACUUCUUAUUUCUUCAUUUGAAGGCUAUCUUCUCACCAAGUACAUUGAGAGGCUAGUCUAUACUGUUCAAUGUGGUUGGAGUUUAUCUGGUAAGCUUUCCAUUAGCAUUUACAUUAGUAGUUAGAACAAACUUUUAGAAAGUUGCUGUUUAGUUCUAAAUGUGCAUAUUUGAUCAUUUCAGCAUUCAUCUAUGACAUUUUUCGUUCAUCUGGCUAUUUUCUCUGUAUAGUUUUCUUUGAAAUUGCUUUGAUCAGGGCUACCCUUUUGUUCACUUGCUACAGUUGAGCUGCAAAGAGUUGGAAGGUUUUCAUGUGGAACUGAGUUUUGUCUUCAGUUUUUCGCCAUUCUGUUAGUUUACAUGAUGGGAAUAAGAUUAAGCUUCAGGGGAUUGUUUAUACUUUUUGUGCUUUCAAUCUCAAUCACCUACUCAGAACAACUUCAAGAAUCUCAAGCACAAACACUUUUGAGGAUUCAACACCUUUUGAAUCUUCCCCAGGUCUGGAGUAGUAGAAAAAAUGAAACUGAUUUCUGCAAUUUAGAACCAAGUUCAAUUCUUACUGUAGUCUGCUAUGAGGAAAGUAUAACACAGCUGCAUAUUAUUGGGAAUAAAACCACGCAGCUCCCUGAGAACUUUUCUAUAGAUUCACUAGUAAAUGCACUUGUUAAACUUCCUGAUCUGAAAGUCCUCAAACUGGUAUCUGCUGGUUUAUGGGGGCGGCUGCCGAAUGCACUUUCUCACUUAUCGUUACUGGAAAUACUUGAUGUGAGCUCAAAUUUCUUCCAUGGUCCCAUACCAGAAGGUAUCUUUUCAAUGACAGGUCUCCAAGCCCUCAUUGUUGAUGGCAAUAUGUUCGAUGGCAGAAUCCCUGAAGUGUUGAGUUCACUUUCUGCUUUGACAGUUUUGAGUGUGAAGAACAAUCUUUUCAGUGGUUCUUUGCCAGAUUCGGUUAGGAGUUUGGAAAACCUCAGAGUCCUUGCACUCUCCAACAACAGAUUUUCUAGAGCAGUGCCGGAUCUUACCAAUUUGGAAAACCUUCAGGUGCUUGACUUGGAGAACAAUGCUUUUGGUCCUAAGUUUCCCCAAGUUGGUAACAAAAUUGUACGCAUUGUCUUACGCAAGAACAACUUUACUUUUGGACUUCCUGAUCAACUCAAGUCCUGUUAUCAGCUUGAGCACCUAGAUGUAUCAUCCAACAAGUUUGUUGGACCUUUUCCAUCAUAUUUUUUAUCCCUGCCAUCAAUUAUUUAUCUGGACAUUGCAGAAAAUAGAUUUACAGGAAUGCUUUUUGAUGACUUGUCUUGUAAUAAUGAACUGAAGUUUGUGAAUUUGUCGGCUAAUCUGUUGGCGGGUGAAUUGCCUAGCUGUCUACUAUCACAAACAAGAAGCAGGAUAGUAGAAUAUGCUGGUAACUGUUUCUCUACUGGAGAUGCAACUCAAAAGCCGUAUUCCUAUUGCCAAACUGAAGCAUUGGCUGUGGGAGUUUUACCUCAUCACAAAAAGGAAAAGGAAGCUUCAAAACUAAUUCUUGCUGGGAGCAUUGUGGGAGGGCUGAUAGGAGCAAUCGUACUAAUUCUUCUAGUCUUUCUUUUAAUAAGGAGAUAUCGUACAAGGAACUUGCUGGUAGAGAAGCCAGUAAGAACUAUUGAAGAACAUGUAGCCGCAGGUUACACCUCAAAGUUACUUUCAGAUGCUAGAUAUGUAACACAAAAACUGAAGUUAGGGGCCCUUGGUCUUCCACCCUAUCGAACAUUUUCACUGGAAGAGAUUGAGGAAGCGACCAACAACUUUCACUCAUCAACCUUGACAGAUGAAGGAUCUCAUGGUCAGGUUUAUAUAGGUCAGUUGAAGGAUGCAUCUCGUUCCCGAGUGGUUAUUAGAUGCCUGAAAUUAAAAAAAAGGAAGAGUGUGCAGAACUUUGUGCAUCAGAUAGAGUUAAUGUCGAAACUCAGACACCAACACUUGGUCUGUGCUCUUGGACACUGUUUUGAGUUUUACUUGGAUGAUUCUAGUGUGAGCAGAAUAUUUCUUGUAUUUGAAUAUGUACCGAACAGGAGCUUAAGGAGCUGGAUAUCAGAUAGGCAUUCUAAACGAAAACUUAAUUGGCCACAGAGAAUUGCUGCUGCUAUAGGAGUGGCAAAGGGCAUACAAUUUCUGCAUGGAGGAAUUGUGCCUGGUAUCUUUCCGAAUAAUCUGAAAAUAACAGAUAUACUACUGGACCAGAAUCUUGCGGCAAAGAUUAGUAGCUAUAACCUACCUUUGCUGGCAGAAUGUGUAGAGAAGGAAAGUACCGAAAGUUCUCCUGGUUCAUCGACAGCUUUUAGGAGCAUAAGGGUGAAAAAUCAUGAGAAGUUCGACAUUCAUGACUUUGGAGUCAUACUGCUGGAGAUGAUCACUGGAAGGACAAUUAACACAAAAAAUGAAAUAAUCAUUCUAAAGGAUCAGGUUCAAGCAAGUAUAACAGCUGAUGAUGCAACUCGAAAAAGCGUAGCUGAUCCAGCUAUUACAGCUGCAUGCUCAGAUGAGUCACUGAAGACAAUGAUAGAAAUCUGCUGCAAAUGCUUGCUCAGAAAUCCAUCAGAUAGACCCUCGGUGGAGGAUAUUCUGUGGAACUUGCAAUUUUCUGCUCAGGUUCAGGAUGCUUGGAAAAGCUGCGAAUCCAACAGCAGCGAUAGCUCUCCAGUAUCAUCAUUCAAACCACCACGAUUACGCCUUUCAGCUCCAGGAAAUUAAAAAUCUCUAACACGGACAAAUUUCCAUUUUUUCCCCCUUCCCUUUUAGAUAAGAGUAGCUUUCAAAAAAUGUCACUGACAUAAAUCAAACAACAGACUGAUUAGGGCAUAAAGGAUGCCUCACUAUUCUAAGUUCGUCACCUUUCUUGAGCAUGUUCUGCCCCAAUGCACAAAAUCUUUAAUUUUCUGCUCAUUCUCCUCAAUGCAUAAUGAAACUCCAGUUGUGCUACAUGUAACGGUGAAGUUCUUGGGUUCAAGACGAGGAGUUUCAGCAACAAGGAAACAUGUUUUAGACAACGUUAUUUGGACAUCUUGCUCCAUCCGGAAGUUCUCAAAAAGUUUGAGACCCGAGAUAGAGUCAUCUCUUACAGGAUGCUUUAUAUACUAGUAAUUGGAUACUAUGUAAAUUGACAAUAAAGGAAAAAUACAAAGAUCAUAACACGGAGCUGUGGAAGCACCAAUCCUGGACAGGAUUGCUGGAUUAGCAGCAGCAAGGCCAAUCCUCACCCCAUCAUAACUCCCUACACUUAGAUCUUCAAACUGCACAAAUCGCUCGACUUGAAGUCAAGCAGCUUGUUGUUUGCGGAAUGAAGCGUGUUUUCGUGAUAGGAAAAGCUGUUCAGGAAUGAAGCAAUUGAGCAAACUCACAACCCUGAGUUUACAGCUAGUGAAUUUUAUAUGGCUCAACAGUGAUAUACACUGUGUGAGUUACAUAAAACAAAAGAGUUUGUCCUUUGUUUGCUUUAGUUAAUUUUAUCUUUGAGAUAUCUUUGCUUUAUACUACUAAUACUGAUUUCAGGUUGC